AAAAGAUGUACGUUGGCUGGGCAGGAUCUGGAUCCUCAAAUGAGUAAGAAGAAGCCAGGAGUUACUAUACUCUUCAUAAUAUAUUCCUAGCUUAGCUUCAUCACUCCAGCAUAAAAUCUCAGGUAUGGAUUCGGGUAAUGAUGGUAAAGUGGGCCUCCUGCAGCAGUGUUCAUCGAGCGGCGGAGAGGAAGAAGAAGAUGAGUACUACGGUGCAGCGGCAGCAGGGGGCGAUGAUCAGCCGACGACCCCAAUCACGACGGCGACGACAUUCGUGAACACAAUUACCCAGCAGCAGCAGCAACAACACUUGCUAUUGGUCUCGCCUUCAUCAUCAUCCUCCACUUCGCUACAGCAGCUCCAGGGUCAGUUUCUGUCACAGUCACCGCCGGCUCUGUCUCUGUUCGAUCCCCACGACGACGGCGACGACGAAGAUGAUGGAAAUAACUUUCCCCAAUCUCUCAAUUCCCACUUUCAUAAUCAUAACAAUGACGCCGUGGGUGGUGGUCUUGUUUGGCCGCCGCCGCCGCCUUUGGGGUUGCUAAGAUCCGAUCAAUCGCCGCCUCUGUUUGGUGGCGCGUCACAUCAUCACCAACACCAAGUGCUUGCUGAGAUGGCCAAUAAUAAUCACAAUCCGAAUUUUGUCACUCUGGGUCGUGGCGGGCCCGGUGAUUUAUCAUCUCCGCCGCAGUCGCAGCCGGCGGCCAAGAAGAGCAACCCAAAGAAACGGAGCAGGGCUUCCAGGAGAGCGCCGACUACCGUACUCACUACCGACACCACCAAUUUCAGGCAAAUGGUCCAGGAAUUCACCGGCAUACCCGCCGGGCCGUUCUCCGGCAACACGGGAGGGCUUUAUCCUCGCCGAUUGGAUCUAUUUUCCGGCACGGCAAGGUUGUCGGCGUCUAUGACAACACCGGGAGGCAGAGCAAGGAGAGAAGAAGGAAUAUCUCCGACCAACAACCCUUUGAUGCGGCGGCCCUCCUCGUUAUCACAACAGCAAAAUGUUGGAAUCGAUUUAACGGCGGCGGCGGCGGCCUUCAUGCGACGGAGGCGAUCUUCUCCUUCCAACACAAAUGUUGACGAUGACGAUGAUGAGCUCAGGCAACCUCUAGGGCGGGAAAUUAAUGCGGGGGAAGAAGAAGACCAAAUCGUUCUGGCAUUCCAGCAGCCGCCCUUCUCUUACAGUAACCAAUCCCCUCGUCUGCUCAAUAAAAACCCAGCAGCUGGGAGCGGAGAUCAGAACGACGAUGAACGGGUUUUCGGGUCGAUAUCAUCUCCUCCGGCGGCCGGAGACUAGGAUAAUUAUUGGAGUUUUUAUGUUUCCGGUGAGCAUAGAUACAUGGUGGCCCACUGGCCCGGUGAUCGUGCAAUUAUAGUGCCACGUAGUCUAUGCUGCUGCAGUGGUUUUGAUUUGACAUGUCUUCUUCAUUAACCAUAGCUAUUAAGCUUAUUUUGAUUCUUAAUUGCAG